AUGGCGCCCUCGUACAAAAUCGUGCUUUUGGGCGAUUCUUCGGUCGGGAAAACCUCUUUGGUCCACCGUUUCAUCUCCGACGCCUUUGAUGCGCAUCUGGCCAAUACCAUAGGAGCGGCUUUCAUUUCCAAAGAACACACCAGCAAUGGAAAAACCGUCAAGUUGGAAAUAUGGGACACGGCGGGCCAGGAAAGAUACAAGUCCCUCACGCCCAUGUACUACCGCAGCGCCAAGGUGGCACUUGUUUGUUUUGAUCUCUCUUGCCCCGAAAGCUCUUUUGAGCGAGCACAUUACUGGGUAGAACAGCUAGCAGUCCUGGGACCACUGGAUAUUCGGAUCAAAAUGGUUGGAAACAAAAGUGACCUAGCGCUGGAUGCCGAUUUGAGCACCAUUGAGACCUAUUGCGCUGAACACGAGAUUCCGUUGCUUUUUACGAGCGCAAAAGAUGGGAAGGGAGUGAAAGACUUGUUUGACGGGAUCGUGGCUGAAACAAGCGACGAGAUUUUCGAGGAGGCAGAGGAGCCUCCCAUUUUAACCAUGCGUGUUCGUGAAAGUAAAUGCUGCUGA